CUGUCCAACUCGCAACUCGCGUUUCUCUAUAAGGGAUCUUUACCACUUCCCUGCCUAUGCGGCCGGACUGCCGUGCCUCUCCCCGAGCAGAGACAAGCGGCUUCGAGGCACUGCCCAGAUCUCUUCUUCCGACACCCGUAAAAUAAUACUGUUAGUAAUAAGUGGAUUUGCUUUUGGUUUUGUUGUUUUUUUUUUCCUUAAAAAAAAAAAAAAAAAAAAAGCAGCUCCUUGUUCCUUUCUGUGUGGAAUAAACACCUGCAAACUCCCCCAGGCAGCCCGGCGCCCCUGCCAUGGAUUCCUUUAAAGGUGGAAUGAAUUUGGAGAGACUGCCCGAGAGCUUGAGACCCCAACCCUCCCAUGACAUGGCUUCCAGCUUCCAUUUGCAAAGAUCCUCGGAACCCAGAGACCCGAUCGACAACUCAGCCAGUGAAUCCUCCGACACGGAGGUGCCAGAAAAGGAGCGCAGCGGCGAGCAGAAAAACGAGGACGGGGCCGCCGACGACCCGGCAAAGAAGAAGAAGCAGCGGCGGCAGCGGACCCACUUCACCAGCCAGCAGCUGCAGGAGCUGGAGGCCACGUUCCAGCGGAACCGCUACCCCGACAUGAGCAUGCGGGAGGAGAUCGCCGUCUGGACCAACCUCACCGAGCCCCGAGUCCGGGUCUGGUUCAAGAACCGCCGAGCCAAGUGGAGAAAGCGGGAGCGGAACCAGCAGAUGGACCUGUGCAAGAACGGCUACGUGCCACAGUUCAGCGGGCUGAUGCAGCCCUACGACGACAUGUACGCCGGGUACCCCUACAACAACUGGGCCACCAAAAGCCUCACCCCGGCGCCGCUUUCCACCAAGAGCUUCACCUUCUUCAACUCCAUGAGCCCCCUCUCCUCGCAGUCCAUGUUCUCGGCGCCCAGCAGCAUCUCCUCCAUGAACAUGCCCUCCAGUAUGGGCCACUCGGCCGUGCCGGGCAUGGCCAACUCCGGCCUCAACAACAUCAACAACAUCAGCGGCUCCUCGCUCAACUCGGCCAUGUCCUCGCCCGCCUGUCCCUACGGGCCACCGGGCUCGCCCUACAGCGUCUACCGGGACACUUGCAACUCCAGCUUAGCCAGCCUCAGACUGAAAUCAAAGCAGCACUCCGGCUUCGGCUACAGCAGUUUGCAAAGCCCCGGCUCUAGUCUAAACGCCUGUCAGUACAACAGUUGACGGACUUGACACAAACCACCUCCGACAAAACAUCGCCGACAAAGCAAAGCAGAAGCAAAGCGACGUUUAACGGAAAAGAAAAAAAAAUAAAUUUAAACCCGAUGAUGAUUAAAAGCAAAACCCGAGCAAGUGAGAGAGGAAAA